AAAGCCCCGUGUGCGCGCGCAGCACGUUCUCUCUUUCUCUUUCCGUGGAUCGCGCUCUCCGGUGUGAAGCUCGUGUAGCUCCGCGUUCCCGCAGCACAAUGGAGCACAAAAGAAGCUGACGGCACGCGACACCUCCAAACCAUCUCUCUCACAGUCUCUCCGGUCCGCGCGCGCUCCAGUCCGGCUCCUCCAACUCCGCGAGCCGCCGUUUAUCACUCUUAUCUCGCACGCACGCGCUCACGUGAGACAGACCUACCGACCGUCCUCGCGCGCGCCGAGUGUCCAGGAUGAAGUACGUCAUUGGCAUCGGCGGUGUGACUAAUGGGGGUAAGACCACCCUGACUGACAAACUGUACCGAGCGCUGCCCAACUGCUGCGUGGUGCACCAGGAUGACUUCUUCAAGCCCCAAGAUGAGAUUGAAGUUGGUGAAGAUGGCUUUAAGCAGUACGAUGUCAUCACAGCUCUGGACAUGGACGCCAUGAUGAGCACCAUCUACGCCUGGCUGGAGAACCCCGUAAAGUUUGAGCGCUCACACGGCGUCAACAACACGCUGGACUCUGAAAUCAUCCCCAGAUCCAGAGAUGAGGACACGCACAUCCUCAUCGUGGAGGGAUUUCUGCUCUACACCCACGGACCUUUGAUUGAUGUGUUUAACCAGCGCUACUUCAUUUCCAUCCCAUAUGAAGAGUGCAAAAGGAGAAGAUGUGCGAGGAACUACGCGGUGCCAGACCCUCCGGGUCUGUUUGAUGGCCACGUGUGGCCCAUGUACGUCAAACACACGAAAAUGAUGGAGGACUUAGGAGUUGAUGUUGUGCAGCUCGACGGAACCCUGUCUAAGGAGCAGCUGUUUAACGCUGUGUACGGAGACGUAAUUAACAACAUCCAGAACGAACAAAGGUCUGUUGAUCUGCUCUGAAGCGCAGCAGCAGGAAGACGUCGUCUCUCAGCAGCAGCAGCAGCAGCAUGUACCUGCCCAGACUGUGUCUGUGUUAAAUAACUACUCCGCUACAUGCUUUUUGGCUUGUUUUUUUUAUACUCUCCAUAUUUAUUGCCUUUUUUUGGAACGAUACUCCUGUUUAACAGCUCUGGAUAUGGUUGCAGUCAGCAGCUCAACUCAAUAAAGGAUCUCCUGGUAAAGA